AUGGGGGACACGACACGCUCCAGAGUCCGCUGCACUUCAGAUUAUGGAACAGCCUCUACAUCUGAUGAGCUGAGGAUUGUGCUGGUGGGUAAGACUGCAGCAGGAAAGAGUGCAACAGGAAACACCAUCCUGGGGAAAGAGGCGUUUAAAGCAGGAUUCUCCCCAAACACAAUAACAAACACCUGUGAGAAACAGGCUGCAGAGUAUGGAGGCAGAAGAAUUUUUGUGAUUGACACCCCAGGAAUCUUCGACACAUCACUGACUGAAGAGAAGGUGAAAAGUGAAAUGGAGAGAUGUGUCCAGUUAUCUGUCCCAGGACCACAUGUGUUUCUGCUGGUCAUCAGGCUGGGGAGAUACACACAGGAGGAGAGGAAUGCAGUGGAGUGGAUCCAGAAGAAUUUUGGAAAGGAAGCUGAUAAGUACACAAUGCUGCUGUUUACAGGAGGAGACCAGCUGGAACAACCAAUGAAAGAGUUUCUCUGUCAAAGCAAGGAGCUUCAGAGCUUGAAAUGCAAAUUUGAACACCUUGUCUUCAAUAAUAAAGAGAAGAACACCACUCAGGUUUCAGAGCUGUUGAAUAAGAUAGAUGUAAUAGUGGAGAGGAAUGGAGGACAAUAUUACACUAAUGAGAUGUACAAGGAAGCUCAGAGGAAGAUCAUAGAAGAGGAGAGAAAUAGACAUGAGGACAAGAGACAGACCAAGGAAGAGAAGGAGAAGGAGAUAGAAAAAAGGAAGCAUGAAGCUCAGAGAGAGUCCACAGAAGAAGAGGAGGAGAUAAAUAGGCAGGAGGAGAGGAGAGGGAGUAGAAAACAGGGCCAGAUGGAGGGUAUCGGAGAGAUGAUGAAAAAUUUGAGCAAGUGGUAG